AUGGCGUCAAAGUUAGAUGUCGAAAUUCACCUAGAUGCAAAGGACAUUGGUGAUACAAUCAAAGAAGGAAAUAAAGCAACAAGUCAAAACAAAGCUAAGGCUAUGAUAUUUCUUCGAUAUCACCUCCAUGAGGGUCUUAAGGUUGAGUACUUGACUGUAAAAGAUCCACAAAUCAUUUGGAGUAAUCUAAAGGAGAGAAUUACUUCACAAUUGAAGUUAUGUGGAGAGAAAAUCACUGAUGCAGAAAUGUUAGAGAAAACAUACUCUACCUUUCACGCAAAUAAUAUUGUCCUGCAGACACAAUACCGUGAAAAGGGAUUUAAGAAAUAUUCUGAACUUAUAUCUUGUCUCCUCGUGGCUGAGUAA